AUGGCAAGCGGAACACCAAAGAAGAAAGCAUCUGUUGAUCAAUUAAAUUUCUUGGUCGAUUUUAUCGCUGGGAACAGGAUACUAUUACAGGGUAAAACCAAACCGUCAGAGGCUAAUAAUAAUAUAAUUGAUAAAUUGUGGGACGAGUUAACCCUUUUACUGAAUGCUAUGGGCUCAGGUCCCCAAAAAUCCAAAGCGCAGUGGAAGAGAACCUUCAUCGACUGGAAGAGUCAUACGAACAAAAAAGCCAGAGAGUGCGUUAGGUCGGAACAACGGACAGGAGGUGGGGAAGGUGAUGGAAAAGCACUGACCCCCAUCGAGGAAAAAUUAAUGGGCCUAUUAUCGUGGACAGUAGUAAAAGGUGCCGAUGUCCACGAAAUAGGCUUUGAACAUGAUAAUGCAGAACCUCCAUGA